CGUUCUCUGUCUGCCUAAUGACAGACGCAUAGCAAAAGAGGGAAAAAUAAAAUGUUUUUUACUUUAAUUUCCAAUUGGUGAAAUAUUAUUUCGGUUCGCGAAAUAAACGUACAUUUCGCACAAAUCGAAUGUUAUAAAGUUUAUCGUACUAUUGAAGUGGAAUAUGAGAGUUAAUUAAUAAUAAAGUUUGAAUAGAUUGUGCAUAAAGAAAAGAUAAAAAAGCAAACGAAUAUAAAACGCACAAACGAUAUUGCAGAAAAGCAGAUAAAUUUGCGAAUUGUGAAAGCAACAUACAGUGCUGAUAAACUUAAAAGCUAGCAAACGGCAAAUUAGAUUUUGGAAAAUCCGCAAUUACGGCAAAUAAGUUUUGCAAUUUUGCAGCUGACGUCGGUGAAAACAUUGCGGUGCGUGUUUACGGCAAAUGAUGGCCAAAAAUGGCGGCUAAACCACCGAAGCCGCCAGCUACUUUUCUGAAGCAAAGUAGUCCCAACAACAACAACAACGACGCCGACAAUAACGAUAAUAACGGCAAUAGCAACAACAGCAAUCCUAGCACUUCUACUGCCACUGCCACAGCAGUAGCAACACCCACAACGCCUACCUCCGCAGCGACACACUCGGCCAACGCUGAGACGACAUACAGCAAGCUGGGUAUACAACGAUACAAUAGUCGCGAAAAUCUACUAAAUAACAUUACUAACGAUUACAACUACAACAACGAAAACGAUUCAGAAACGAUAGGCAAUAGUGCAGAAGGAGCAGUUGCCGCCGCCGCCGCCGCACGUCCCGCUUGUAAUUGCACGAACAUAAGUAUUAUGCAUCUCUUUCAUGAGAUGAAGCAAGAGUUUCCGACCAUACCCGAUCCGAUAGUAGCACAGUGUGUCAACGAUAAUUGCCAUCAACGUGAGAAUUGCAUACAGAUGUUGAGGAAUGAGUUGGCACUAAAUCCGAUACCAGUGCAGACGUACCCAGCCAAAGUAUUGCAACAACAUCACAUCAACAACCAACAACACAGUAAUCUGCAGCAACAAAAGCAAUUGCAACAACUUAAAAAGAGUCCACAACAGCCAGCGCACACACCAACACCGCCGCAACGACAUAAAAACGCGUCCGCGCAAAAACCCGCAACGCCGUUGCGUCCCAUACGCGCUGCGCCCACACAACCACCGUCGGUGGCAACGCUGCAAUGCGUACGCGCGGUAAUCAAAAAUAGUGCCGUUACACCUCAAACCAAUUGUGAUAGUGUUGAGCUAGUGCCAAAUAGCGGCAAUUUAGCAAAAGAUGUUAAUAGUGUUCAAUUACCGUGCAAUAAUCAGAGUAAUAAUAAUAACAACAGCAAUAGUAGUGUCAGUGAUUCCCCCAAACAAGCGUGUGAUAUGCCCGUAACCGCGACCGCGAACGCGCCUAUUGAAUGCGCGCGCUCUACUGACUUCAUAACGGCGCUCAAUAGAAUUGCCGGCGCUCAUACAGCCUCCCCGGCGCCCUUACCAGCCGUAGGUGUGCGCGCCCGCCCCAAUACGCUGAACCUGCAAGCAUCACAACAACAACUGCAGCGCCAGCAGUUGAACAAACAACUGCAGCAGCAUUUGCAGCAGCGCAGCCAGUUAAAACAACACCAACAACAGAUUGCGAGCAGUGCUGCCGAUGAACCGUCGCAACAGAAGCCGAUACGUAGAGCGCCGUUGCCGCCGAUCGCGCCAAAGCCAGUAUUUCACAAUAAUAUCAGCUAUAAUUGCAACAACAACAAUAACAACAACAGUUGUGGAAAUUCACCACAAUCACAGAGCGUCGGCAGUUGCUCGACCGAAUCGGCUGUGACGAGUCCGUUGAGUUCGUGCGGCGAAAGCGAAGUAUCUGCGAAUGUGGGAUGUACGCCAUCGCAAGCUUUUGCGCUCAGCCAUAACAAUCAAAAUAGGCAAAAUAACAGUAACAACAACAACAAUAACAACAACGUUGUUCCCACUUAUCAACCACAGCCAACAUCACCACUUCGUUCGCCGAUACGCCAUCGUUCAGUUAUCACUGUACAACCGGAGCCGCCGUACGCGCGUGAUUUUCUGCCGUCCACAACAAAAAUUAGCACCGUCGCAAAUCCAACCACCGGUGGUAGUGGUGGCAGUACGCCAACAAGUCAGAAAAGUUUCACCUCCGUCAAUUUGACAUUGCGUCAACCCACCAACGCUGUGCCGCAAUCGACCAUUGACAUCUCCGCCGGUCCGGUGUUAAGCGGCAAUGGUAGUGGUCUGACCUAUUCCAGUACAUCGUAUAAUGCGCGUCACGGUUUUCAGCAAAAUUUCCACAUAACGGUCACCGAAGAAGGUGGUGUAUUUAAUGCGAGUCGCAUUCGUCCACGUAAUACGGGUUACUACGCAGGUAUUGAGGGUGCAAAUACGCCAGACGGACCAGCGGGUGGUACGGGGCAGUUAACGCCCACCACGCAACAACAACAAUCGCAAACACCUACAACAAUACUGCGGUCGCCAACAACGCAGGCGGCACAAAAUAUUGCGCCGCAAGCGCAGCUCACAACGGCCAGCAGUGAGGACAUGUGUCUGCCAUUCGAAAAUAGUGUUUUCAUCGAGACCAUAAAGCGACAGAAAGCGCGUCGUGACAAAUUGGCCUCGGCACUGCGAGAAAACAAAAAUAAGCUUGGCAAUGUCGAGGAGGAGGUGAAAAUGCUAACCGAACCCUUGAAUGCCGGCGAAUCUGAGAGACUGGAUUAUGAAAUAGAAAGAUUACGCAGUGAUUGUCAACAAACAUUGAAUGAAAUCGAAAAUAUCAGACGUUAUGGUCAGUUAAGCGAAGCCGACCGACUGAAAUUACAGCAGCAGCAACAGCAACAACAACAACAGCAAGCAUUCCUACGGCAACGCCCACCACGACCGCCACCACCACAACAACAACCGCAAAGUCCCUACCAACAAUACCAGCCCACAGAAGUAGAUUAUCUGCAACAACACAACACACCUGUCAGUCUCGGUAGUACUGUUGGUGUUGUUGGUAGUGGACCCAGUAGCGCUGCAUGCACACCCAACUCACCACGCAUGCAACAACCGCCGCCAACACAACAACGCGCAGAUUAUGUCGGCCAUCCACCACAAUAUCAACAACUGCCUUCAACGGACGAGGAGGACUACUCCGAUUCGAAUACGGAUGGCGGUGACGACUAUGAGCCGCUCGAACGCUGGCCCUGCUCCAUGUGUACAUUCCUCAAUCAUCCACAGCUGAACAUAUGCGAGGCGUGCGAAUGUGUGCGCAUAAUACCCGGUACGAUACGCAUUGUGUCCACAGCGGAUACCAGCGCCAGCGCAGCAGCAGCCGCCGCCAUGCCACAGUCACCGCCAGCACCAAUGGCGGCUACCAGUUCGGCGACUGCAGCUGCUGCUGCUGCGGCCUUAAGCGCUGCGACUCCAACUGCAAUUGCGCAUGGCGCGAACACAGCCUCAGCGGGCAAUUCGCCAACGUCAGCGGCACGCACCGUCGCUGCGGAAUAACACUGAAUGGCUUGCAUGGCGUUUUUAUUGCUAUUAAUGCGAUUUAUUAUUUUUUUUAUGUUACGUGUUGUGUAGUUUCUAUUGACACGAUGCUAAAUUAUUAAUUAGCCGCUAAGUUUAUAUUUACAUAAUUUGUUUUUAUUUUUAUUUUUAAUGCUAAACUAAACCAAACACAUUAGUUACUUGUAUACUUGUAUAUAAGGCCGUUACAGUUAAUGCGUUGAAAUGUUUGUAUUGCUAUGUUGUUGUUGUUUUGCAUGCAGUUAAAGUGUCUACAUACAAGCUUACACUACUGUUGAAAUUAUGUCGGAAAUAUAACAUUGUACAACACUUGGCUAGGCGGAAAAAUUUUAUACAGAAAAAAAAUUUAACUUAUUUCCAUAUUUGGUAUUGGUUAGUAACAAUAACCUAUAAUUAAAAAUAACAAUUUUAAAAAAUAUUUUUUUUUUUAAUUCGAAACCAAAUAUUUCGAUUUUGGAGACUAACUUUGAAAAUCGAAGAAUGCACUUUUUUAAUUUUAUCUCAAACUCACGGAAAAAAUUAGUUUGGUCAAGAGCGAGAACAAAAGUCAAUUUUGACGUAUAGUGUAAUAAUUUUAAUAUUUUAUUAUUUUUCUACAAAACUACAUUUAUUAUAUGUCCUAGCAUAUAUAACACGCUUUUAAGUUUAAACUUUAUCUAUUUUACGCUCAUUUUACUUAAGUAUUUUUAAGUAUUUUCUAUAAUAUAUGCUUACAUUUAAUAAUAGCGUAAUGAAUCAAGCAUUUGCUCAGCGUACAGUUUACAAAUUGCUUUAACUGCAUGUGAUUCUGCACAUAAACACAUACAUAUAUGCAUACAAAAACAAUAGAAGAAAUAGUAACUAGAAGCUGUGAUAAUUUUAAUAGCAAGUAUAAACAGUGUUUGUGUAAAUAAAAAUAGAAAAAAAUUGUUAUAAAAAGUGUAUUUUAAAUUAAUAUAUUUUAUAUACAUACUUAAAUGACGUGCUAUAUGUAGUUAAUUUACACAUUAUAUGCGAGAAAUUAAACAAAAUAGUAAAUAUAAAAAAAAAAAUAUAUAAAUAGAUUUAAUUAAUUAAGUCUUGUGCAUUAAUUAAUAUUAUAUAUAUAUUUUUCCGUAGUUCCUAGGUGGAACAUAGGGCCUCAAUAUUAAAGAAAAUAAAUAAUCAAAUUCAAAUGCUUACAUACACAUAUACUUUACAUAUAUACAUUUGAAUAAUUAUAGUAAUUAUAUUUGAUAAAUAUUUAAAAUGUGAACUAAGCUAAUAUUAAGUCAAUACGUAUUAUAUUAAAUUAAAUAGUAUGGAAUAUGUAUAUUGUUUAACACCUCUAGUUGCGCAUUAAAAAUGUCUAACUGUACUUUUAAGUUAGCUCAACUCAUUAUUUUAAAUAUAUGUAAUUUAAUUACUAUUUUAUUGUGUAUGUGUGUGCUGCUUAAUUUUUUUAAUUCAUUAUUAUUAUUAUUUUUUAACAUUAUAAUUUUUGAAAUUUUCAAACAAUUUCGAAACACUACUUAUCUGCUGCAAUACAAUGUAAUCAAAAGAACAAACGAAUUCGAGAACAUAUUGCUGAUUUAUAUUUAAUUUUUCUAUAAUUCGACCAUAAUCCAUCUCUACACUAAAAAAAUAUGGUUAAAAAGUUAAACCACUUAAUACUGACAUAUAUUUGGAAACAAAAUACAUAUUGGCCCUAAUCAUUGAAUCCGUGUCGAGCGAAAAAUUUUACGUCGGAAUCAUUGACACCGUAUCGAAAAUAAAAUUUACGAUCACAUUAAACUCACUUACCGACUCUUAAAAACACAUUCCGCGGCUAAUAGAUGUCGCUAAUGACGAAAUCAUUGAAUCCGCAAAAUCGACAAUUUUGGUCGAAAUCUAUGCGUUGGUGAAUGAGUUGCGGAAAUGUAAAAGAAAUAAACCAUUUGGAAGUUUUUAUGUAAAUAAUUACUGAUGACGGACUAAAUUAUGUUUUAAAUGGGUAUUUUCGAGACAAGAGACAAAAACAGAAUAACAAAAAUAAAUUGAAGAUGUUUAAAAGCGAUAUAAAGUUGCCCCCUCGAAAUAGCGAAAGAAUUUUUUCAAAGAGCCUCAGGCGAAUUAAAUAUUUUUAUGGAAGAAAUUUCACAAUAGUUAAAAGUCAGUUUUAAUUUGUUUUAAUAAAGCAAAAAGCACAAACAAUUGAUUAGAUUUGUCACUUUUGUCGAUAAAACAGUUUUACAUUCUCACUUUGUGGUAAAAGCAGUUUAUCGACGGAAUCAAUGAUUGCAUGAACAUUUUCGUUCGAAAAUCCUUAUAGUAUCGAAAUCGAUUUCGCUGCGGAUUCACUGAUUAGGCCCAUUAAAAAUGAAAAACACGCGACGUCUGACUCAUUUGGUUACUUAAAUAUACAGUUGAACUUCCUUAACUCGAUUUAAUUUAUAUGAAAUUUGACUCUUAUUACCAAUUCAAGAGUUAGAGUUAUGGAAGUUUAAAUGUAUUUAACUGUAACUUAUAAAAAUUUAAAAAUUGUACAACUUAACCAAAAUACUAAAUAAAAAAUAUUUCAAUGUCUGCUUUAAUUUUCACAUAUACACACAACAACUAAUCAAGUUAAAAUGAAAACUUUAGAGCUAUGCAGAAAUCUCAAGCUUAGCUUGUCGAGUUGAAAAGAUAUAAUUUUUUUAAUAAAAAAAUAAGUAUUUUCCAUACCAACAAUAACUAAUCUGCCUUGCAUUGUUGUUUAAUUAUUUUUAUUUUUUUAUUAUUACACUUUAAUUACAACCAAUUGAAACUAUAUAACCUUUAUUAUCAAUAUCAAAACUAAUAGUAUGUAUGUAAGUGCAGAAACAAAUACAAUAAAUUGUAAUUGAAACUUUAAAAUUA